AUGCAUGCUGAUGUAACUAACUUAUAUCUUUUCAGAGAAAAAGUAAUGAAUAGCCAUUUUAGUAUUUUCCAUAAUCUUGGAUCAUCAUAUGAUCCAAUUCAGCUCGUUGGUAGCAUGUGUCUCCUAAGCAAAAAAGCACAAGUUUUGGAAGUUUCUGAAGUGGGAGCAUUGAUGGAGAGCUGCACUAGUGCAGCUAUUUUGCAUAAAUGAGGGUAA